AUGGGAUGCAUGUCCAGCUCCCAUAGAUCGCCUCCAUCGCCUGCAAUGGUGUCAACGUGCUCUCAGGUGGAGGGUAAGAGAGUCAGACCCGAGACACCUCCGCCCGAGAUCUCGGAGUCGCACGCGUCGUCUAGCGCGCUGCUGACCCCUCCCACGCCGACGAAGAAAGCUCGGAACAGCCCCUCGAAUGGAGAAUGUAGUGCCUCGUCUCCGGAUGCCUCUUUCUCUCCUCCACGGCCUUUGACCCCACCAGAUUCACAUCUGCGCGUUGGAUGCACCGGGGUGAACGAGGCUGACGCCGAACUUCCUCCUACCCCUACAAGAGCUAGCAGGCACACCGAAGCCGAAGAUGACCCCUUGGGCCCGGAUAUCGGAUACAUAUCAUCUUCCUCGACGAGCCGCAGUGCUGAGGAAGGUGAUGAAGUUGAAAGCGAGCCUGCACACCUGAUUUUGGACGCUGGGCUCUCUUCGCUAGCUAGCAGCCCCUCGCCAGCUAGCUCCAUUUCGGAUAACGAAUACCGCAUAGAUUUUGGGCCUGAGCAGUAUCGGGGCUGCACCAUCAAUGAACUACCUCACGGUUACCGAAAAGAGAUCGGCAACGACGAGAAACUCCUUGCUCAUGCCAAAGGCUUGCGAGAAGCGCUCACGGCCUGGGCCUCCAAAUGGACAUUUACCCACGGCUUCCACAAGGGAAAGCGACUCGAAGACGUUCCAAUCUCGUAUAUCAAUCGCUUCGUCAUCGGUAUUAAAAAGCACGAGAGCUUGUGGCACAAGGACCUAUACGUUGCACUAAAAUUUCACCUUCCCGUCCGCCGACCCGAACAGCCAGGUGAAAAAUACGUCCUCACGUUCGGAAGGAACAAAGGCUGCAGACUGGACGGACUUCCUCCGGAAGAGUACGUCGCCCGCUCGUACAUCAAUUGGAUGAAGGAUGAAGGCAUCCCGCUCCAAUCCGACUGGGAAGAUCUCGCAGACGGUAUCGUAUACUAUCAGUGCCAAGAGCUCGCCGAAUUCGUGCGCGAUCAUCCAGAAGCUCCGACGUACACGUUUCCAGCGUAUCCUCACCGCUAUGAUGAUUGCAAGGGCAUGCAAAUUACCGACAUUCCUGAGGAGGAGAUUCGGCAUAUUGUAGAGAGGGGUAUACAUGAGGAAGAGGAUGCGGGUGGCGGGUACCAGUACCCGGGCAUGAAGGAGGCAGUGGGAUAUUGGUUUUUGCUGUAUGAGUGUAAUAGGUGGAACUGGAGGACGACAGUACGGUGGGAGUGGGGGAGAAUGAGGUAUUAUCCGAUGGACCUGGGUAAGAAUCUGUUUCCGUCGACGGAGGUGGAGCAGGGGGUGUAUCAGGGGUUGAGGGAUGAAUAG